AGUGACGUCUCGAUGCCGACAUUGAGCCAAUCACCUGCAGCCAGUGUAGUCACAGUCCAGAAGCAGGAACGCUCGACUGUGAAGCAGUUGAAGCAGUUUACAUUUCCACCUGGUCUUGCAGAGCUACAGGUGAUCGCGAUUUUGGAGUCCCUCCAAGUCCAAACCUUGAAGAAGCUUACGGUCUCCACUCCUCCUGACUCGACGGGACGGUGGCUGCGGCUGCUGCCGCCGUCCUUGAGGCGCCUGGACGUUUACGGACCGGGGGAGACGGGGAAGCCGCUGACACUGGGCAGACGGCUCGACCAUGGGCUAAAUGUCGUCAUACAACAGGCGGGAGAUGACGUCAUCAACCAGCUGGCUAAGGAGCUGGGACCACGGGUUACCUUACUGCUUACGUUCAACUGCCCGCGUGUCACUGCCGGGGCCCUACAGAGGCUGCUGUCCGCCCUCACCGGCCUGGAAGACGUCACACUUGGCGGCUCUCUGUCCGGCGCAAUCACUAACGCCUCACUGGCCGCCCUCCACGGCUGCUCCCAGCUGCGUAUAAUGCAGCUGGGACAGCCAUAUGUACUCUGUACGGAUAUACCGGUCACAGCGGUCAGCAGGAGAUUCUUCUCCGUCUGA